AUUUCAUUCGUGUGCGUGUGUUUUCACAGCUCGACAACUACAGGAGCUCUGCGUGUGAUAUUGUGUGCACUGUAAGAAACGACAACGGUUUCGCCACACUCUCGGCGCCUUGUAGCGCCCUCCGGAGGUCACAGAAAAUAGAGCACAGCUGUGAUUUAAACAGAAACGAAAGCCGGGAAACAUCUAAGUGGACUCUACUAUUCCCAUUGAGAUUUAACUUCUUUUCUGAGUGUUGUAGUUCCGUCAUCGGGACUUCAGUUCCGGAGGUUAAUCCUAUUUUUUAACACGAGAUCCUUACAUUGCCCGGUUCUAUAUUUUUUUUAAAGAUAGUACAGAAGUCUAUGGCUUGCAUCAGAACUUCAGGACGAUGAGCGAUAACCGUGGUGCCGCCAUUUCCCGGUGAAAAAAAGCGUCUUAAACGAUCUUUCAGUUAAUAAAAAAAGAUAAACAAAACCAUGGAGGCCGAUGCGGCAUUUGCAUCACUAGAUCCUACAGUGCAUCCCCGCGACCCGGCUCCUGGCUACCUGUUCCGUAUGUUCCGCGAGUAUCAGAACAACUCAGUCAUAGUUGCCCACUACAACUACACGGGAAAGUUGUCGGGGAACAAGUACCGGGAGGGUCUGAAGCCUGUGGACAUUGUGUUUCUGGUCAUCUGCCUGCUCAUCGUGUUGGAGAACACAGUGGUUCUGGUGGCCAUUUGGCGCAACAAGAAAUUCCACCUGCCCAUGUACUACCUUCUUGGAAACCUGACCCUUUCUGACUUGCUGGCAGGGUUCACCUACAUGGUGAACAUUGUAACAUCGGGUGCCAACACGCUGCGGCUGACUCCUGUGAAGUGGUUCUUGCGGGAGGGCGGGGUUUUCAUCACGCUGGCAGCUUCCAUCAUCAGCCUGCUGGCCAUCGCUAUCGAGCGCCACGUUACCAUGGUGAGGAUGAAGCCCUACCAAGGGGCCAAACGAGGCCGCAUGUUUAGCCUUAUAGGAGCUAGCUGGGUGGUGGCAGCUCUGCUGGGGGUGCUGCCCAUAACAGGCUGGAACUGUAUAGGGGGUCUGGAGAGCUGCUCCACGGUGCUGCCGCUCUACGCCAAGAGCUAUAUCCUCUUCUGCGUCUCAAUAUUCAUUGCCAUCCUACUGGCCAUCGUGGUGCUCUACGUCCGAAUCUUCCGCAUUGUGAAGUCCAACACACAGCGGCUGAGCAUUGGCGGAGGAGGGGGCACGGUCGCCUCCCCCUCGCCACGCAGGGGCUCGGCCCGCAAGUCGCAGAAGUAUCUGGCCCUGUUGAAGACGGUCACCAUCGUGCUGGGCGUGUUCAUUGCCUGCUGGCUGCCCCUCUUCAUCCUCCUGCUAACGGACUUCUGCUGCCCGCGCGGUGAAUGCGGCGUGCUCCUCAAAGCCGACUACUUCCUGGGGGUGGCCAUCAUCAACUCCCUGCUCAACCCCAUCAUCUACACGCUCACCAGCAGGGACAUGCGGCGGGCCAUCCUCCGCUUGCUGUGCCGCCGUUGCCUGGUGACCAAAGACGGGCACAUGAGGAAGAUCGGAAUGCCCUUCCUGGACUACAGUACCAGCAAGACAGAGGUGGCAUCCCACCGGCUGGAGGGCCAGGACAACGUCUCCACCGGCAACAUCACGCCCUCGCAAAUCAAGGCCCUCUACUCCAAAGUGCUCAGGACGUGAGGCCACUGUGGAGUCCCUGAUCUGGGCCACGAGAGAACAUUUUGUUGAACUGGCCAACAAGAACUCAUUUUUUAAUGCCAGUGAAAGCCUCGGGAAAAGCACAGAUGUAAUAAUCCCGUCGCAGCGGCAUACUGACAGAAACUUCAAAUGUUUUUCUUUUUGUUUUUUUUUGCACUCUCCUUUCUUUGCAAUUCACUUUAUCUGGGACCUUUAAAAAAUCCUAGAAUUUCAUGUGUUCUGAAUUCCACCUACUGCUUUAUGAGCACGCACCCUCUUGUGAGGAUGUCAGUUAAAUCUUGCAGUAGUGUUUUGAAUUUCCAAAAAACAAGCUGAAAAAACUGAUACUCAGCUGCAGAGUUGGAAGACAAUAAUACAUUUCAGCAACAAUACAGCUUGCUUCAAAAACUCUCAGCCUUCCAAAAUUACAAACAUAAGUUAGGUCAGGUUUGACACCAGCUAUGCUUCCACUCGCUCUGAAAGUUUUUUUUUUUCUUUUUCCUUUGUGUUUGAAAAGCCAAUGUGGUCAUCAGAGGUGAGGGAAUUUAUGUGUGAAUGUCACCUCACUGUUAGAGUGUAAAAACGAAAACCACCGGGCUGAUCUGAGCGCUGUCGGUGUGGUCGUGUGAAGCGGCGUCCUAACGUGGGCGAGAGCAAACAUCACGUACUCAUGGCAGCUCAGUAAUUCUACCAAAGAAAAUCUCAUCAGUUAUGGGACACAAUGACAAUUCUCGUCUUAUGUUUUCUGGUUCGCGGUCACCGAUGUUCAGAUUAAAGCGACCAUUUAAUGUACAGGCUUUUGGACCAGUGAAUCUCAGUCUUCAGCUAUAAAGUCCUCAACCUGUGGUGACUGAAGAGGCAAACGGACAGUGUUUUUGGAAUGCAAGGACAGGUUCCACUGGAAGCCUGCAUAUUUUGGAGAAGACCGUGCUUUGUGGAGCCUCACAGGGAAUUAUGGGUAAAUUAGGGUACCCAGAAGGAAGCUAGCAACCAUGCAUGUAAACUAUACUGUGAAGCACUCGACAACCUGUCAAAUAGAAAGGACACAGGGCGAUUCCCCUCUCGUCUGCUUAGGCCUUCUCUGUCAUGCUUUUUCAAACCCAAAUAUGGUGUUAUGACUAUGAUUAAGACAAUGCCUGUUCACUAUAAGAGAUGUAUAGCCCGCCUGCAAACAGUAGCACAGGUGUAAUCUAUUUUAUUUUUUUGGUGACAUGCAGUUUUUGACCUGUUGUGCAUGUACAUAGGCACAGGACUUAAGUGUCCCCACAGCUAGAAGACAUGUUGUGGCUGACCAACUGGAACCAGGUGCCACAGAGGAAUUCACCACUGCUGUUCACUGACUCCAGCAGAGAUUGUGGUGCCGGUCAUGGCUACCUCGUGGCAAAAAUGUGGUUGUCAGUACAACCGGACAACCAAACCAGCACCUUGAGCAAUACUCAUCUAAACAGAAGCUCAAUUUAUUUAAAAAAAUAAUAAUACAAGAAGCAAUAUACUGACGUUGACAAAAUGCACCUACCAUGUAAAAUAAAUGUGCCCAGGUGGACGGUUAAGUGCCCGGGAACUCUGGAAAGCUCUCUGGUCAGCAGGCAUUUGUUGUGUGGUCUUGGGGCUAUCGCAUAUCCAGUCAGCCAGAGCCAGCAGGUCCCACAUGUAAUAGCCUGUCAUGACUCCAGAUCUUAUGCAACUGAAGUUUUAUUUAUGGUCCUUACUAUCUAUAGCUGAUGACGCCUUUCCUUUGUGAGACAAUUUGACACAGAAGUUAAUAAAAUAGGUAAAGUAGAUAUUAUCCCCUUAUAAGCUAGUAUUUUGGACCUGUGUGCUGAAUUCCCAUUCAGGGGAAAGUGUCUCCUUCCUAUUGAAUCUGGGAAUGUGGCUUGAAAUAAUGCCCACAGAAAUGUAUACAAAUGUAUACAUGGAAAAAGUGUUCCAUCUUUCACCUUUAUGCAUUUUUGUACAUAGAAAAAAUGUAAGUUGCUUAUCAAAAUGUAUUUUCAUAAUGGAUAUUUGUUUGAAAUUUUUAAGUUAUGUUCCUUUUUUAUGUGAGACCAUUUCAUAUGCACUUCGGAAGAAUAAAGUGAAUUUAUUAAAUGUCAAAA